AGAUUACCUAAUAUUAAUGAACGGACAGGAUGAGCUAACCUAUUUCGACAUAAGCCCUUGUCCUUGUCUACCGGCGAGAAUUGAAAGACGCUUCCAGACAGAUCGUUCUACGCUAAACGCCUAAAACCCUAGAGAGAUACAGAGACGCAAACACAUGGCUUUCUUAAGUAAAGUUGGAAGGAUAUUUAGGCAGACUAGCACCCAUGUCUCUGCCUCUAACUCAAUAAUGCUACAGAGCAUCCGUUGCAUGUCUUCUUCCAAAAUCUUUGUUGGAGGUAUCUCCUACAGCACUGAUGAGUUUGGCUUAAGAGAAGCUUUCAGCAAAUAUGGAGAAGUUGUUGAUGCCAAAAUUAUCGUGGACCGUGAAACUGGUAGAUCGAGGGGUUUUGCUUUCGUGACGUUUACUUCAACCGAGGAGGCUAGUAAUGCAAUGCAGUUGGAUGGACAGGACCUUCAUGGUCGAAGAAUUAGGGUGAACUACGCUACUGAAAGAGGAAGUGGGUUUGGAGGAAGAGGGUUCGGUGGUCCUGGUGGUGGUUAUGGUGCUCCAGGCGGUGGUUAUGGAGGCGGUGGUGGUUAUGGUGCUCCAGGCGGUUAUGGAGGAGGCGGUGGUGGUUAUGGUGCUCCAGCUGGUGGUUAUGGAGGAGGCGGUGCUGGUGGCUAUGAUGCUCCAGCUGGUGGUUAUGGAGGUAACUCUCCUUAUGGUGGCAAUUCCGGUGGUGAUGGCUAUGGUGUCGCUGGUGGUGUUGGUGGAAGUGACAACUUUGCCCAAGGCAGUUCUUCUAGCGCUGGCUUUGAUGACAAGUUUAGCAGCAACGAACCACUAGGCAAUGGUACGGACCAUCAGCUUGAAAGCGCUGGCGAUGAGCAGUUUGGUGGCAGUGACAAUCAGUUUGGUGACUCAGAGAACGGUCAAACAGAGGCUGGUGCAGACGGGUUUGAUCAGACUGAUGAUGGUGAUGUUGCCAAGAGAGCUUAAAUCUCUCCACACAAUGUUGGACCGCUGCAGUUUCAGAAUAAACCUCUCUAUUGUUGUUGGUUGUUUUUAAAUGUUUUCUGACAUUUGAGACUCAUAAAUUAAGGUGUAAUAAACUUAUAACAGACUA